ACAAGUCAUAACAUAACUCAAAGCUCCUGAGUCGUGAGCAGCCUCAUAAGUCAGUGAAAAGCCAAAAAGCUGAGUGAAGAAAGAAGCAUCAAAGAACAAACAAUGUCGAUCGCUUUUUCCUUUAUUCCUCCUUCCCCUCAUUCUCUUUCUUCUCAUUCUCCUUCCACUCCUAAAUCUAUCCCUCCAUUUUCUUUCUCUUCACCUUCCCUCCGUUUCCGUCUCACUCCAACUCCCUCUCCCUUUUUCCGUAUCAACCACCGCGCAGAUCCUCUCUUCAUUCUCCACUCCACCGAUUCCUCCGGAGGAUCCUUCGGCGGUCAUGAUGACGGUAGUUCAUUCGGCGGUCAUGGCGGCGGCGGAGACGACAAUGACAAACACGACGGCGACGGUAACGGCGACGGAGAAAACAAUGACGGACCUAACGGAUUGAAUGAGGCGCUUUUGUUGUUGGCGCAAGCAGGUAGGACAUUGGAGAGCGUGCCUGCUGACCUAGCGUCCGCUAUCAAGGAGGGUAAGAUCCCUGCCUCGGUUGUUUCUCGGUUUUUGGAACUUGAGAAGUCUCCGUUCUUGCGGUGGUUGCUUCAGUUUGCUGGAUUCAAAGAGCGUCUUCUCGCUGAUGAUCUCUUUCUUGCUAAGAUCGGUAUGGAGUGCGGCGUUGGAGUCUUCACCAAGACUGCUGCUGAGUACGAUCGGAGGAGGGAGAACUUUUUCAAUGAGUUGGAAAUUGUGUUCGCUGAUGUGGUCAUGGCUAUACUCGCAGAUUUCAUGCUUGUUUAUCUACCAGCACCUACCGUUUCUCUUCGACCACCACUUGGAGUCAGUGCAGGGGCUAUUACUAAGUUUUUCCACAACUGCCCAGAUAAUGCAUUCCAGGUUGCUCUCUCUGGAACAUCAUAUUCUUUCUUGCAGAGAUUUGGUGCAAUUGUGCGUAACGGGACCAAGCUUUUUGCUGUUGGAAGUGCUUCAUCACUGGUUGGGACAGCUGUGACAAAUGCCUUAAUUAAUGCAAAGAAGGCUGUUAAUAAGUCUUCAGCCGAGGAAAUUGAAAAUGUUCCCAUAUUGUCUACCAGUGCCGCCUAUGGUGUCUAUAUGGCUGUUUCAAGCAAUCUCAGGUACCAAGUUGUUGCGGGAAUUAUAGAACAGAGGCUUUUGGAACCUUUGUUGCAUCAGCACAAGCUUGUGCUUAGUGCAAUUUGCUUUGCUGUUCGUACAGGCAAUACAUAUUUGGGUUCAUUAUUAUGGGUUGAUUAUGCUCGUUGGAUAGGGGUUCAGUAGGCCCAAGACAAAGAUUACAGCGUGGAUCUUUCUUGAUAGACUGCAUUUAUAUCAAGAAGCUCGAUUCCUUCAGUGUUAGACAUCACAACAAAUUAACUUAUUUGGAGGUUUGGUUGUAGGAGUAGUCCAAUAGUUUUUUUUAUCCCCUCUAUAUUUAAUUUUAUAUGCUCAUUGCUAAGCACUCUGCUUAUUCUUGUUUUUUCUCAUAAAUUUCCUCAUUCAAUUGAUGUUAUGACUGCGAGGAUGACAACAUAUAUAUAUUUUUUCUUUGGGUACGAGGAUGUAGUUUGGAACUAGAUGAGAAGGUUAUUGAAUGAUAUUAAAGAAACAAGUUUUUUCUUACUGGCAAAAGAAAUCCUUUGCUUUUGGACUCA